UCUGUCUUGUGUAUAAAGUCUUAUCUUUGAGUCAAAAGGUGAUAACGCAGUGCAGACCUACAUCGAGGAACGAAGAUGAUUCGUACUGUAUGGCUUGUGCUGUUGAUAGUCGCCGGAUCUCAGUGUUCCGAGACUGCCCAGAAACGAAUCCUGUUGAGUGACCCUCAAUACAUACAGCAGGAGCUGACAAGGUUCCAGUCAGAGUUACAGGAGCUACAGGUGAAGCUAAAUGCUCAAGAAAGGGAAAACGCCGAUUUAAAAAGCACAGUCGCACAGCUCCAAACAACAGUACAGACUAACAAAGGAGCAGCAGUGUUUACUCGCUGGGGACGAAAGGACUGCUCUGGAAACACAACAUCAUUGGUGUACACCGGGUACGCUGGGGGUUCCAUGUACACAGACACCGGGGCCGCAGCCGAGUACCUGUGUAUGCCCUCUGAUCCUAUCUGGGGUCCUCACAAAGACCUUGUCUAUAAUAGUGACCUCUGGGUAGGCUAUGUGUAUGGAGCCGAAUAUGAAGACACAGGUGAUGGCUUGUUUGGCUUUGCAGAUAAUGUACACGACGUGCCUUGUGCUGUGUGUCUCGCUAGCCAGUACACUACCUCCCUCAUGAUCCCCGGGCGGACAGAAUGUUACCCAGGAUGGACUGAGGCCUACCACGGAGACAUGGCAUCUGGAGCUCACAAUGCUGGCAGCAGCCACCCAGUACGUAUGUGUAGACCAACACCCACAGUCCCUGGAGGGCGGAGCAGACAAAGACGAGGACAGAAAACUCUUCUACGGCGUCAAAUCAAAGUGUGGACCACUUCACUGUCCGCCAUACGAGGACGAUAAAUUUCUGCCAUGUGUGGUUUGUUUGAAGUAAAGCACACAAAAGGAUCUGAGUUGUUAAUAUCGUAAAUUCACACGGAUUCUAAAAAAACGGCUAUAACCACCGGAUUCGCAAAUAAAACGCAGUGUACCGAACCCUGUUAACUCACAUUUUAUUCCCUUCAUAAAGCCGGUACAAUAUCAACCUCUCCUCCUCAACCAUAUAUAUAUAUAACAUUUGCUCCGCAUUUCCCUAUUGACACAAUGCUAAGAGGCAGUUGCCACCAUAAACCUAUAACACCCAGUGCAUCAGGCAAUAACACCAAGUGGGUCAUGUGACAUUAAAAAAGGCGGGAUUAUUUUGUGUUGGUUUAGUUUUUUUUCCCCAAGUUCUAUGUAUGGGUUCCCGUGCCAUUUCCCCACCAUACAUCUUGCUGCCAUAUCGACUAUAACAACAUUAAAACUACUGUUCAUUGCUUAAAUAUUAAAUGAUAAUGCAUUUAUCGAUCUUUGGCGUAAUGAGCGUAUCAACACCUAUAGAUGUCCCAACCGGAUGUUCUGCUGAUAUACCUAAUUUAUGUCGACCGCUCAAACCUGUGAUACCGUAUUCCUCCGAUCACAUAUUUAUAUUCUAUUAUUGCACCCCCAUUAACUUUGCAGGAUUUACAUUAUUAUUACGGGUUGCUGCUUUUCUCAACGUCUGCGAUUCUUUGCUAGUUAU